GAAAAUACUUGGGACAAAUUGUGGCAGAGCCAUUCUUCUAGUUUUUCUACACCAACAAGCUUGUUUAAAGAAAUUAAAAUGGAGAGGGUUCCACAAGCACUCUGUAAAGAAAAGGGUUCGCAAAGAAAAAAAGCACUUUAUGAGAAGAAGGCUCUGCAAGAAAAGAUAUUUCAAGAGGAGAAAAAUAUUCAAGGCACUCAAAUGGAAGAAAAAAUACUUCAACGAUAUAAAGUAGGAAAAUUUACAAAAAAGAAUCACCUAUCUAAAGCCAUUUUGCGUGGUAUUUUUGCUAGAUACCUGAUGUUUUUGCUUGGUGUGAUAUUCUUGUCUGGUAUGGUGUUCUUUCCUGGUGUAGUGUUUUUGCUUGAUGCAGUAUUCUUGCUUG